AUGAAUUGUGAGUAUAUGGCGACGUCGAGUCCGGCGAUGUACUACAACCCCCAUCAGAUGCAAAAUGGCUACCUGCCCGACCAUUCCUGGGCCGCCUUGAUGGGCAACCAAGCCCUGUCCGCCGCCUCGGUAAGCCACGCCACCCCCCUCGGCGUGUCCUUCUCCACCCCUACCUCAGCCCCUCUCAUGCCCAGCACUGCUGACCACACCCACGUCCUCAACGAGAAUCUGAUGGCCGCUUCCAUGUACAGAGACCUAGUCCAGUCUCCCUCAACAGCCUCCUGGUCCAGUCCAGCUGUCUCCGUGUCUCAGCACUCCGAAUACCCACCCAGUGGCACCAGUCCACGCACUAGUCCUACUGUCCCAGCCCAGCAACAACCUUACAAAUGGAUGCAGGUGAAACGAGCAGCCCACAAAGCACCAGGUGAGUGUGAACUUUAAGCAAAUUGUUAUUUGAUUGGGGAUUGUAAAAGACGAGGGGGGGGCGAGGAGUCGUAAAUCAUCGAAUGCCAUCCCAAGUUGUUAUCUCUUUCAGUGACCAAACAGAAGAAAACGAUGGAAGAAACGAAUGGAACAAAUCGCACCAACUUCACAAACACUCAGCUCACCGAACUCGAGAAGGAGUUCCAUACUAACAAGUACCUGAACAAGAGCCGUCGGUCAGAGAUCGCGCAGAUGCUGAAGCUGAACGAGACCCAGGUCAAGAUAUGGUUCCAGAACAGACGGAUGAAGGACAAGAAGCGGCAAAAGGAGCAGGAGUUCCUCAACAAGAACCGAUCCCAACGUCAGACCUGGUCGGCGACGAGCUCGGCCACUCGACCCACCUCCAGCGUGUCGUCUUCUGGCGUCUCGAACAGCUCGGAUUCGGCCUCGAACAUAUCGCUCAGCUCCUCGGAUUCCCCCAAAACCUGUCCUCAGUAG